UUUCAGUUUGAGCAUCAUCUAUAUAGUAUUCUCCGUGUCAAACUGGCUGGCUCCUUCAAUCAUCGUGGUGACGGGACCAAAGAUUUCUAUGUUUAUUGGUUCUUUGUUAUAUUUCUUAUUUAUCCUGUCAUUCUUGAAGCCAAUGACAUGGGCUCUGUAUACAGUAUCAGGACUUGUUGGGUUUGGUGCUGCAAUAUUGUGGACAGGUCAGGGUAAUUUUCUAACAAUUAACUCCGACUCCGAAACAAUUUCCAGAAACAGUGGCAUAUUCUGGGCUCUGCUUCAGUGUAGCUUGUUAUUCGGCAAUGCAUACAGCCACUUUGUGCUCCAAGGUUCUGAGGAUAUAUCGGAGGAAGAACGUAACAAAUUAUUUAUUGGAUUGAGUGGGGCUGCUCUUCUUGGAUCCAUCUUCUUACUCUUUCUGAGGAAGAAACGAAUGACAGACUCAGAUAAUCUAGUUAAUCUUAACUCAAGUGGCCAGGCACAGGUGGAUACUCCAUUAACAGCAUUAAAGAGGUCUUUUCAUCUAAUGAAGACAAAGGAGAUGUUGUUGUUGAGCAUAGCUAUAGCCUACACAGGUUUAGAGUUGACGUUUUUCAGUGGUGUGUACAGUACAUGUCUAUCCAACACAAAAUACUUUGGUGAUGAAUCCAAAGGCCUCAUUGGAAUAUCUGGAAUGUUUAUUGGAGCAGGAGAAAUCAUAGGUGGUACAUUGUUUGGACUGAUGGCAAAGAGAACAAAUCGUCAUGGCCGAGACAUUAUUGUGAUGUUUGGUUAUGUAAUACAUAUGGCAUGUUUCUACCUCAUCUUCAUCAAUCUGCCAAGUAAAUCACCCAUAGAUCCUACUGAUGAGUCAACAUACAUGACAACAAACAAGUAUGUAGCUAUCUUGUGCAGCUUUCUACUGGGUCUAGGUGACAGCAGCUUCAACACACAGAUCUAUUCACUACUAGGAUUCAUGUUCCCUGAGGAUAGCUCACCUGCAUUUGCUAUAUUCAAGUUUAUUCAGUCAAUAGCUGCUGCAGUAGCGUUUUUCUACAGUGAUUAUUUGAUUCUCAAAUGGCAGCUUCUUAUAAUGGUUAUUGUUGGUUCCAUUGGUUCCCUGUCAUUCUCCGUUAUAGAAUGGGAAAGUACAAACCUCAAACGUGAGGGGUACCAGAGCAUUUGACAAUUAGACCCACCUGAUAAUUUAAGGACUGUUGCAGAAAAUAACUCUGUGGACGGUUCUGAUGAUGAACAUACAGAGUUGUUAUCUGCGGCAGAUCCGCGACCAGGUGAAGAAUAAAUAUUCCAGUCAUUUACUGGAUUGUCAGGUGCCUGUGAUAAUGCUGUUGUAACAAUAUUUACCAGACUGUUAUACAUUCCUCUGGACUACAAUUCCCGUGCAAUAUUCUAUGCAGCCUUGCCGACGGGUAGAUGUGAAAAUAGUUGACAGUGUUUGUUCUGUUAUGUUGAAGUGUUAAAUGUUCUAAAUAAUUAUUAAUAUUGUAAUACAGUAAAUAUCAUGUAUGUAUCAUACAAUAUACUGACUUGACUAAAAAGAGAAAUAGAUUGACUUAACUGUAUGCAUGGUUAAUGUCACAAGAUUGUAAGAAUUCUUUCACUGGGAGAAGCUGCAGAUAGAAAUAUCCAUCUCAAUGGUAACUCUAUAGGCAGUAACGAGGUUCUGUCUAGUUACUGAAAAAAAAACAAACAGUUACCCUGAGAGGUGCCCAGGUAUUUCCUUUCACAUCUACAGCCAGUGAUAGAUUUGUUUUCUUGCAUACCAUAUUCUUCAAAGAAUUGAAAUAAUUUAAGAAAAAAUAAAAUAUUUUAGUAGCAUUUGAAGCUAAUGUAAGUUUUUCUAGCACUGUUUAAAACACAGGAAAAUCCUGCCUUGCAGCAAGAAAAUAACUUACUAAAUUUCGUAAUUCAAGUACAGCUUUCUGAUGAAAUCACAGUACAAUUAACAAAUUUCUUAAACUCCCUCAAUCUUUAGGCAAUAUCAUUUCAUAUUACUAACAAUGCAUUCAUAAAAUUUCUCACGCAUACAAAAAAAACAGUUGUGAAUAACAUUAAAAUUUCAAAUGAAUUAAGCAGUGCUAUGAUAUCAUUAUAUUCAUGUUAUGAUAAUUUUGCAAUAUUGAGGGGAUAUUUGAAGUUUUGUUGAUUGUAACAUACAUACUAAAUGCAUUGAACUAUGUUUAUAGGAAUGAUCAAUCCUGCCUUUUGAAGAACAGAAAUACUGAACAAAUUCAUAUAUCUGCAAAUAAAGUAGAGUGAGUGAAGAAGUUUGAAUUGAACUGAACUGAACUUGAUCAUAAAUAUUUUUCAUGUCACUUUUAGUUCAUGGUAUUCUUUUGCCAUAUUCACACUGUUGAAAGUUUGUCCCGUGUAGCUGAAAUGAAAUUAUUUUUAUAGGUACUGCUUGUCCAUAUCCAUGACUGUGCUAAAUGUUUGAGUCAAACAGUUUGCUAAAGUAAAACCAUUGUAUAUAAUAUUCAGUCUACUGGUCCUGUACUCAUCAAUGCUCUCUUUCUUUUUAAAGACAACAGCUUGUAACCCCAAACUUUGAUUGAAAAAAUAUUUUUUAUGAGCACAAAAUGAGAUGCAGUCUGAUCUUGGUCUGCACUAAUUGCUAUUCAGUCAGGAAAUUUUCAGUGAACACCCAUUCGAAAAGUAAAUGGUAUUGUCCAAAUUGAAUGAUGAACAAGUCCAUUAUAGAAAUUUAGCAGGGUAAAGGUUAAAAUUUCGACAGUAUAAAUGAAAUACAAAAGAAGGUAUGGUAACUUGAAAUUUUAGAGAUGAAGUCUAAACCUGAGAUAUAAAUAUUGAUGAAUACAGUCCCAGUAGUCUGACUUAUCAUAAACUUUCCUUCCAGUGAUUGAAAAAUGGUUGUAUUAGAAGUGUGAAUGGAAUAAUUUACUGGUAACUGGGAGUGGGAAUGGAAUGUAUUGAUGGUGAAUGGUUUUGUUGAUGAUUGGAACAUAUUACAAUUUCAUAGAGAAGACACUGAAAGCACAGUGCUAUUAUCAUCUCAUCUGAACCAGAGGGUCAGGGUGAGCUAUUGUGACUGACCAGUGUCCGUCAUCUGGUGUUAGGUUUCACACUUUUAAAUGCCUUCUUCUCAUGAACUGCCUUAUAGAUCAUCACCAAACUUGGUUUGUAUGAUCCUAGUAAGGUCCUUCCUAGUUUUAUUCAAAUGCUUCUGCUUGACUGAUAUAAAGCUGCUGCAGCUAAAAAAAAAAAAAAAACUCCUCGUGAACCACUGAAUUUAUCAUCACCAAAGUUGCGACUGUAGUAUCCCUGUAAGGUCCUCUAUCAGACUUGUUCAGAUGGUUCCACUUGAUUUAUUUCAAGGGCAAUCAGAGCUAAAAAUAGAAAAAUCUCAUCUUUAAAUGACUAUUAACGAACUGCUUGCUGGAUCAUCACCUAACUUGGUCCACUCUCAGAUUUAUUCAAAUGGCUAUGCUUGACAGAUUUUAGAGUUACCAUAGCUAAAAAUGGAAACACCUUUAAACAACUUCUUUUCAUGAACUGCUUGAUGGAGUGUCACAAAACUUGGUCUACAGCAUCCUCAUAUUAAGAUCUUCUCCUUUAUUUGUUCAAAUUGUUACAUUGUCAGUUUGGUUUAAGGGGUUCAGCUCAAUUUAUUCAUAGAGCCAUCAGAAGGAAAAGUAGAAAAACAAUGAAAUAAGAUUUUCUUGAACUGCUCAAUGUAUCAUCAGCAAACUUGGUCUGUAGCAUCUUUAUAAAGUUCUCACUCAAAUACGUUCAAAUGGUUUCACUUGACUAAUUUUAGGGACUGCAAAAUCUUAAAAUAGAAAAAACAUUUUAUAUUAAACAAAGUUGUUACCAUUCAUGAUUCAGUUGACAUACAUACAUUCAAGAUCAAAUUGUCAGUUUCAGGUGAGCAACUUAGGGACAUUUUGGUCCUCUUGUAAUUCAUAUUGUUUAUUAUCUUAUUUUCAUGAUACAUUUAUAUACUUGUAUGUAAGACUUGGCAGGGUUUUAGUACAAGAAAGUUAUGUUUUAAGUAAUACUGCAAGUGUUGUGUGUGUUUUUUCAAAUGAUGCAUAUUAUGUAAAUAAGGCCUAUUUUUAGACAUAUUUUUCACUUCUGCAUAUGCUAGUUCAAUAAUAUUUCAUUGCAUUUGUUAUUAAGGUAUGUUAAAACUAGCAUACACAAAUAGACCAAGCCUAGAAUUUAUAGCAACGUCAGUAAAUUCCCUGGUUAACAGUUAACAAAAAAAUAUUUUAUUCAUCAAUACAAGGGGUGUUCAGAAAGUUUUGGGACAAGUGCCGUAACAUUCUUACUUUUGUCCCCACCUCCACUCUCCAUAAGUAGUGGCAUAUAGAUUUGGUCUUGUUCGUUCAUGUGUGCAUCCGUCCGAUGUUCAUGACAUGCCUAGCUCAAAAAGUAUUUGAUAUAAAUUAAUAAAACCUUGCAUGAAUCUUUAUCAUUAUAUGAACUUGCACACCUCCUAUUUUCCAUCUGGCUUCACCCACUCUUUUCAGAGUUAUUGCCCCUGAAAUAGUAAAAAAUGCACAUUUUCAUAUUGUGACAUGCCUAGCUUAAAAAGUUUUUGCUACAGAUUCAUGAAACCUUGCAUGAGUCUUAAUCACGAUAUGAACUUGCGCACCUUCUAAUUUUCAUCUGGCUCUGCUCCCUAUUUUAAGAGUUAUGGCCCCUGAAAUACUCAAAAAUGCACAUUUUCACCUUGUGACACUCCUAGCUCAAAAAGUAUUUAAUAUAAAUUGAUAAAACCUUGCACGAGUCUUUAUCAUGAUAUGAACAUGCGCACCUCCUAUUUUUCAUCUGAGUCCGCCCACUAUUUCCACAGGUAUGGCCCCUGAAAUAGUCAAAAUUGCACAUUUUCAUCUUGUGACGUGCCUAACUCAAAAAGUGUUUCAUAUAAAUUGAUUAAACCUUGCAAUGAGUCUUUAUCAUGAUAUGAACUUGUGCACCACUUAUUUUUUGAUUCCCUUGCCCCCUAUUUUCAGAGUUAUUGCCCCUGAAAUAGUCAAAAAUGCACAUUUUCACCUUGUGACACACCUAGCUCAAAAAGUAUAUGAUAUAAAUGAAUGAAUACUUGCAUGAGUCUUGAUCAUGAUAUAAACUUGUGCACCUCUUAUUUUUUUUGGCUGGCUUCAUCCCCUUUUUUAAAGUUAUGGCCCCUGAAAUAGUAAAAAUGCACAUUUUCACCUAAUUGUGUGCGUAGCUCAUAAAGUAUUUGAUGUAAAUUCAUGAAACCUUGAUUGAAUCUUUAUCAGGAUGUGACCCUGCACACUUGGCAUUCUUCUUGGGAAUCUUGGUGCUUAUUACAGAGUUAUGGCCCUUGAAAUAGCCAAAAUAAUGGAUUUUUUGUUUGUGAUGCUCAUAGCUCAAAAAGUAUAUGGCCUAGAAUAAUGAAUCCUUUUCAUAAAAUGUUUUUUGGGGCUAUACCCCUUUAAGACUGCAAACAUUUGAAUUGUUUCCCGUUAUUUGUGACAAAUGUACCAGCGGGGGCACACCCUGUGUCCUCCAGACACAUUCUAGUUAGUCUUAUUUCCUUGUCAUCAUUUUUAUAUGAAAUAGGAAAGUUCUUCUGAGAUAGCGGAUAAAUUGCUGUUGAGUCCUGGCAAGAUGGCAGUACACCUGUAGAUAUUGUCAUUUGUUUUGCAAUGGAUUAUGGAAAAUACUCAGUAACACAACUGUUUAACCAAGAAAGUAGAUAUUUUAUCAAAAUGAAGUGACAUGUACUUCUUUUUACAUUUAAUUAUCAAUUUCAUAUAAAUUGUGUCCAGCUGUUAACUUAAUUGCAUGCUUAUUAAAGGGGGAACAGGCAAUAUUUCAAAAUAUUUGUAUUGCAACACAACUUGGUAAAACAAUAAAACUGGCAAUAUAACGAAAUAUGGCUUGAAGGAUGUACAUUGGCAUAACAUUGCUAGAAAUCAUUUUAUCAAAAGUGCAUUUAUUCUUAUUUAAUUUGGAGUUUUUAUCAAAUAUUGAAAUGAUCAUUAUUAACAGCCAGUUUCUCAGCUGUAAAGGUUAAAGAGAUCUAACAAAUAGAUUGGACAUUAGAAAAACUUUGCCAUUCUCUUAAAAGUGUUCUCAUAAGUUUAACACUGUUGAUACAAAAUACCUUGAGAAUUCUAAAGUUGUUGUCAUGGUGAUGGAUCAUGUUGUGUCUUUUUUAUGCCAUUAUGUUUGUUAUGUAAACUUUUUAGAAUGUACAUUUAUUUGAGAAACAAAUUUAUUAUAUAUUGUAUCAAAGUUAUUUGAAUGAAGACAGAGAAUGCAUUGUAUGACAUUAGGUUGUUUUAUUUUUAUAUACUUGUAUAUAUAUAUAUAUAUAUAAAAUAAAAUAAUUGACACAU